AUGCAAAUUCUUCAGCAAUUAGUGCUUGCGCUCUCAUCAACAAGCGAGAUGGCUUCAUCUCGGUUACUUGCAGAUGAUAAUGCCUUCUCUUCGCCCGCAGGUUCUACUUGGGGUCCGCCUGUUAACUACUCGAGACCUCCAGCCAUAGUAUUGUGGCACGGAUUAGGUGACAACUACAACUCUUCGGGAAUGCUUCGUAUGGCAGAGAUUAUCAACCAGAUAAUGCCUACGGUAUUUGUACAUUCGGUUUAUCUUGAAGAAAAGCCGCUGGAUGAUGAGAAACGGUCGUUAUUUGGCGAUGCUAAUAUAGAAGUAGACAUAGCAUGCAAGCAGCUUGCACAGAUUCCGGAGUUGACGGAAGGUUUUGGCGCUAUAGGGUUCUCUCAAGGUGGCUUAUUCCUUAGAGCACUUAUUGAAAGAUGUCCAAAUGUGACGGUGACAAAAUUGGUGACGUUUGGAUCUCCACACAUGGGAGUCCUGGAGCUUCCACUCUGUGCCAGGGACGACGACUGGAUCUGCAAGAAGAGAAACGCCUUGUUAAAGAAGCAGGUAUGGAACUCAUCUGUACAGAAAUCUGUGAUCCCGGCCCAGUAUUUCCGGGAUACAUUACAAUACUCCAACUAUUUGGAGCACUCUAACUUCUUGUGUGAUGUGAAUAACGAAAAUCCAGCCACAUUCAGUGCUGACGCCAAGAAACGUUUCGAAAGACUUGAGAAGCUCGUUCUUAUCAAAUUUGAUCAGGAUACCACUCUCGUACCGAAAGAAAGUGCCUUCUUCCAGGAAUUAAGUUCCUUGACAGGACAAUUGGUUGGUUUUGAGAAUACUCGUUUUUACAAACAGGACUUGAUGGGGUUACAAAAGCUACACAAAGACAAUAAGAUCGACUUCUACAGCGUCAACGACCAGCAUAUGCAUUUUCUGGACCAAUUCUUUGUGGAGAUUGUUGGCAAGUACUUUGGCUUCGGGCUAUAG